AUGGCGUCCGACCCGGAGGAUCUGGACGACCUGGAGGAGGAGGCGAGCCCGCCGCAGGACGAGGGGGAGGCGGGCGCCGCCAAGGCCGAGGGCAAGGCCGAGGCCAAGGCCAAGGCCAAGCCCGACAGGAGCCUGCCGCCGCCGCAGCCCGGGCCCGGGGAGCCGCCCUCCGCCGGCUCCGUCGGCCACCCGGGGUCCUGCGGGGAGCCGUGCAAGUACUUCUGGAAGGCCCGCGGCUGCAAGGACGGGAAGAACUGCAUCAGGUGCCACAUCUGCCCGUGGAGGCGCGCAGACGGCAGGAAGCCCCCCGCAGACGGAGGCAAGGGCAGCGGGGGCAAGGGCAGCAACAACAAGCGGCCGAAGCCCGACAACCGCCGGCAGGACGGCAACGCGAGCCGCUCGCGCAGCCGCUCGGGGCGGCCCGCGGCCAGGCGGCGCUGGGAGGAACCGCCGAGGCAUCACUGGCCGCCGCCCUGGGAUCCAUACAGGCCGCCGCCGCCCUGCCCGCACGGCUACUACCCGCCGCACGCCGCUCCCUCUGGAGGUGGCUACGGUUACCCGCCGCCGCAGGCGCCGCGGGCGGGCUACGGCUACUACGGUCACCAGCCUCCGCCUGCUGCCCCGCACGCAGGGUACCAGCGGCCUCCGCACGGCGGGAGCGACCUCGGCCCCCCUCCGCCAUACGGCGCGCCCCCGGCGCCCGGCUACGGCGCGCACCCAGGCGCCCCGCCCGCCGCCGUCGCUUGCCACGGCCACGGCGGCGCGGGCUACGACGCCAGGGCUGCCACGUGCAAGGAUGGGAGGCAGCGCCCGCGACAGGAUUGUUUCUUCGUCCAUCUCGUGGGCAAUGCGAUGGACGAGGUGGGGGCCCAGAGUAUUCCCAUGCAGUAUGCUGCAGGGGCUCCACAGCGGAUGCUGGCUGCUGCGAGAUUGAUCGACCGCAGCCGAUUCGAGGGCAUCGAAGCCGGGGCCGAGCUGGCGUGGAUUAAGCUCUACUCCGGCGAGUGCGAGAUUGGCAAGCAGUGGCAGCAGGUCCUGCAUUUCGAGGUUAUCGACUCUUUUGGCUCGCCGUAUGGCCCGCCGGCGCACCACGGCGGCUCGUCGCCCGCCUACGGGGCGUCGCUCCCGGCCGGCGCGCCGCCGCCGGCCUAUGGUGGCGCGCCGCCACCGGCGCACGGGAGCGCCUACGGCGCCCCCCCCGGCGCACCGCCCGCGCACGGCGCGCCGCCCGCGCACGGGGCGCCGCCCGCCUACGGGGCGCCGCCCGCGCACGGCGCGCCGCCCGCGCACGGGGCGCCGCCCGCCUACGGGGCGCCGCCCGCGCACGGCGCGCCGCCCGCGCACGGGGCGCCGCCCGCCUACGGGGCGCCGCCCGCCUACGGGGCGCCGGCCGCCUACGGGGCCCAACCCGCCUACGGGGCCCCGGCCGCCCCGCGCCCAGGCCGGAGGCGCCUCGGCCCCUUGGCCGGCUGGCGCGCCGCCGGCGUGCACCGGAUGCUUAACGAGAAGCUCGCCGACCAAGGCCUGCCGCAGCUGGCCAUCCGCAUCGGCAUCCACACGGGCCAGGUGCUGACCGGCAACCUCGGCAGUGAGACCAAGAUGAAGUUCGGAUGCAUGGGCGACCCAGUGAACCUGGCCAGCCGCCUGGAGGGCUUGUGCAAGAUGUACGGCGUCGGCGUCAUGAUCUCCAGCACGACGUACCAGGCGCUGCCCUCCGCGUCCGGCUUCGCGUGCCGCAGGCUGGACCUGGUGCAGGUGAAGGGCAAGAAGGAGCCCACGAUGAUCUACGAGCUAAUGGGGCGCGACGUCCAGACGGGGCGCAGCAGCUCGGACGAGCUCGAGCAGUCCUUGGGCGUCGAGCCGUCCAGGAAGGCACAGGCGGCCACCUACGAACGUGCGCUGCAGGCCUACCAGCAGGCCAGGUUCCAGGAGGCGGUCAAGAUCGCGGGGGAGCUGCCGGAGUCGGACGUGGCGGGGCAGAGGCUGCUGCAGCGCGCCAGGGGCUACCUGGGCUGGAGGGGCACCGCGCUCUCGAAGGAGGAGCUGGCGAACUGGACCGGCGUGGUCGGCAUGACGGACAAGUAG